GGUUGAGCAGACGACACUAAAGGCGACUAUUCGUUCAGUACCGUUCCCUUCUCCCCCUCCUGUGGCAGGCAGACUGUUUGUGCUGGUGUCGUGCCUGUUGGCGCAAGCAUCGCUGCAGCUGGUGCCGAUGUCGUAGACGCCGUAGUUCCAACUCAGCCGGCGAGGUAGCGACUGUCGCUGGGGCGCGCGCUGGCGUUCACUGGGGCCGCGGACGACAGACAAUCCCAAGUCUAUUGUCUGGAGAAAGUUCGCUCAGUCUCUCUCUCACUCCGUCUCUGUCAGCCCUUCUCUGCUCUUCACUGCUGGCAGUCGUAGGGGUCGCUUGCAAGCUUUUGCAACCUUUGACGCAUACCCCACGCACCUUGCCGCACGCUCAGUACCGUCGGUGGUACGCGCGCGCCACUGCACACACGCACCACUCACCAGACAACCGUUCCGGCUGCGGUCCCCUUAUCUCCUCUGUCCGUUCUCUCCAUCUCUCGCAGCCAGCUGCAGACACACUUCACGCCAGGGUCGACCUGCGCGCAUCACGCAGAAAGCUUGUCUCAGCAACAACGGAGUGGCCAAGCAACAGCUGGUUGGUGGGUUUGGCAACCACUGGUACUAACUUUCCCUCGUCCUCCUCGUGAUUGUACCAGCUACUCCAUCGUCCAGGUUUUUUUUCCAGCAGCAGUGACACUGUGAUGUUAAGUGGACGAUGAACGGUGUGGUGAUGUACCUGGAUUCAUUAAAAACAAAUUCUGAACUUCUCAUUAUAAGAUUCAUACAUCACUGCUUCCAGUAAACAGGAAGUACUUAAAAGCCGGAAAAAAACAGGACGAGAAGAUUCCACAAUUUGGUUCUUAUUACACGGUGUAGAUGUUCACCUGAACCGUUCACACACACAUUCACAGAGUUCAUGCCGUUCAGCCCUCGAUCAGUUUCUCUCGAUAACAGCAGUGACACACUCGAGAGCGUAACUGGAUGUUUCGAGGGACAGCGGAGCUGAUAAUGAUGUCCAAGGGAAGCGGAAACAUGAGAACACAUUUCCCGCGCAAGCGCACCGAGGAAUUUUCGUCGUGGCUAUGCGCAAGUGACAGAUGGAUUCGACACAAAUCGUAUUGAUUCUGUCACCACAGCUGGGGCCGCGGUUCGCCUCCAUGGAAUCCGUUUGGCCUUUGUCCUAGGCCAAGAGAGAGAGAGAAAAAAAAUGAAGUCAGCAUCACGGACCUAGCCUCUCUGAGUAGCACCGAGCUACCUUUACCUCCAGCAUCUCGGGCGGAUCGUCUUCACGAGGGGUUACAUGUGUUCUCAACUUGUCGCCCAGGAAUCUAAUGAGACGAAUACCGUGAACAUGUGUUCCUAGUGGGAUGCUCAUUUGUAUGACGAGGAGCUUUAAUAACCUUUAGGCUUCCAUGUGUAUGCACUUUGAUCUUUGAACUUUGAGUACGUCUCGUGAUCAAAUACAAGAACUAAAGAAAAAAAGUUGCUAUAUAACUCUUGCUGAUGGACUGGCUGCAGGAAUAUACCUGUUCUGUCAAAAAGUGUUUCUGCAAACUCUGCUUUUCUCGUCACCUUGCGACUAUCCCAACAUUGUAUACCUAGUGGCUCAUGAAUAUACUUUUAUUUUAUCGAAGUGCUUGCAGUCCAACUCAUAACGGUUGGUUCUGACUGACACGAAGUGCGGCAAGGGGAAGGGACCAAUAUCAUUCAUUAACCCCUCCCAUCCCACCCUCCCAUCGACCACUGACUGAGAACUGAGUGAACCGCUUUGAUCAUCGGCCAAGAGCUGAAGUGCAGCCCUCGGUUUCUUGGACGUUCUGUUGUCAUUAAUAACACCUGUUCGGUCCUGAUGAUUUACAUCAGUCGCCAUCGGCGCCGACGCUACUGUUGCAGUUGCCCCUGCAGUUGCUGUUGUUGUUGUCAAUGGUGUUUUCGGCGAAGCUGCCGUGUGAUGAUGGCAAGACAAUGUUCCUUCUCCGUAUCAUCUGAUGCUUCGUUUUACAUCGUCUUCGCUUGGUAUUGAUCAAAUCGAGACAACUCGUUUCCAUGGUCCAGGAACCAGACCCGGGAUGGUCUUCUCCAGAGAGCAGUAAAUACUAGCAGAAUGAGGGAGAUAUCCAGCUGGUGGAAAACAGGGAAACUGAUAACAUGAAAGAAAUACCAACGGCUGCCACACAUGAAUGCGUUUAACAAACAAGGAGAUAUUUGAAUUUCAUUUGAGAGACCUAACUUUGCCUCUAGCACGACUGAUAUGUCAAAACUUUCAGUUCAUUUUGUCCUUACACCCUUUCCAAUCUGAGGGUACAUUUGUCUCCGCCGAGCAAAUACUGUGCAGACUGUGUCUGGAUCUCCUUUCACUUCAGUAGCUGAAUGUAGCCUUUGACAAACUGUUUUCCCUCCAUGCUGAACCUCCAGCCAUUUCAUUUCAAGUUUACUGUGUAGAUCUUCACGACUAGCCUCGUCACCAUGUCCGGCUCCGGGUCGGGUACACACCCCAACGUGAUGGGGAUGGAGAACAUUACCCCGUUUCUGUCGACCACCCCGCUGGUAAUCACCAGCAACUCUGACAUCGAUCAGGUGAUGAGACUGACUUGGCUCAUGUCUCUGUUUAUCCUCUUCUACUCCCUCAUCUUCUUGCUGGGGCUGACAGGAAAUGCGCUGGUUGUCUUUGUGGUCAUGCGCAACAAAGCCAUGCAGACGAUCACCAACAUCUUCAUCACCAACCUGGCCGUGUCGGACAUUUGCAUGUGCCUGCUGGCCGUGCCAUUCACACCCAUGUCCUACUUCUUCAACUCGUGGAUCUUCGGCAAAGCGCUGUGCCACAUCGUGCCUAUGACCCUCUGCAUCAGUGUCUACGUCUCCACGCUGACCUCCACCGCCAUCGCCGUGGACCGCUACUUCGUCAUCGUCUACCCGUUCAAGCCCCGCAUGAAGGUUUACAUGUGCGUGCUCAUGAUCGUGGCCAUCUGGAUCAUCUCCAUCUCUGUCUCCUUGCCGCUGGGUAUCUACCACGAGAUUGAGCAAAACUCCAACACCUCCUCGUACUCCUGCUCGGAAAAGUGGCCCAAGACGCAGGCUCGUCAGUUCUUCACGGUGACCAGCCUGGUGCUGCAGUACAUCGUGCCCUGCACCAUCAUCACCUUCUGCUACUCCAUGGUGUCCCUGGCCCUGCGGAGGAGACAGGUCGGGGCCGGGGCCCGCUCCCGCGAGAGGGAGGAGCUCGAGAUCCGGCGCAAGAAGCGCACGAACAAGAUGCUGAUCGCCAUGGUGAUCAUCUUCAUGUGCUGCUGGAUGCCGCUCAACAUGGUGUUGCUGCUCCGCGACUACGACGACACCGUCGGCAACUGGUAUUUCUUCACUCUCGUCUUCUUCAUCGCCCACGUCAUCGCCAUGAGCUCGACUAUCUACAACCCGUUCCUGUACGCCUGGAUGAACGAGAACUUUAAGAAGGAAUUCAAGACCGUUCUUCCUUGCCUGUUGAUGGGCCGAGGUCAGAGCUCCAACAACGGCAACUACACGCAGUACACCAACGUCGAGACGCAGCCUUCUGUUAUGCUCAACCGCUCACCAUUGAAGAACGGCAACGACAACAACUGCACUGCUCCGGCCAACAACGCCAAAGAGACGAAGGCUUACUAUGACACGGACACAGAGAAGGUCCACCUCAACAUCGCUGAGGAUCAGGUACCCGAAGACACCUGAUCAUUUCGACCCCAUCAGGGCCCUUCACACAUUUUGACGAAUGUGACACCUGUAAACACGAGGCCUUCAUUUUAAAGGAUGCAGAGGACAGAUGUUGACACACACACACACACACUCCUACAUAUAUAUACAUACGUGUGCUACUGUUGCUAGCUAACCGAGUUCAUCCCAGGUAGUAAUUGUUACAAAUGUGCACAAUCUAGCUCAAGGUUUGCAGACAGUGAUGCCAACUUAUCAAAGCCUUGUUUCUAAUCUUCAUGAACGGUGAGGACAACCUUUCCUCCAGAACCAAUAAAAACAAGGUUGGCGAGGUUAAACAGUUCCUUCAUCGGCCAUUGCAGUCACGCAAAAGGAAGACUUGUUGUAUGUAAAUGACCGAUGAUAAAUUUCCUGACGGAAAUCCAUUAUGAAGAUUCGUAGAAUGGACAUCGGGGAAAGAUGCGCAUGCAAAUGCAUGAAUUUUACAGCUGCUGAAAUGACAUGACAUGACAUGACACUUACUGCCGUGUGCCUAAAAGCUUUUCGGACAGGAAAAGGUAACUGGUUGUUUUGUCGCGAGUGUGUAUGUGCUUCUGUCGUCCAUUUUGUAUCCGUUUUUUGGUCAAAGCAAACUUCACAAUGCUGUUAAAGCGGUUUGUCUGGUUCCAGACUAAUCUCGCCAUUGUAUGUAGUCUUCAGGUCAAGUGGAAAAUGUAGCGAAAAAUGUAUUUUGUUAUGAAUUUCGACUUCCCGAUCGUGAACAAGAUCGGUCCUUACUGUUUCAUACAGAGCCAAAGAAAUUUAACCUACUUUAAUUGCAUUUAAAGUUAUAGUAACUGCUGCUGCCUCCCUAAAACUAUUCUUUAAAACCAUUAUAAACCGUUUAAAAAAAUUAAAACUUGGUACAUCUGUUUACUAACUCCCCAAAUAAACUUUAAAUUAUUGUUUCAAAUGAAACCCUAAAGAAUAAUCUCUUAAAAGAGGAAAAGAUAAUCAUAGAAAUGUAGAAUGAAAAGCAUUUGUUUAGAAGGUUGUCCUCCUAAACUCUUACGAAUAAGACAACUGGUCUUCUACAAAACAGAACAGAUAACGGGAACAUCAAAGAAGUGCAAAGUGAAACAGAUGGUACAAGUAGAUAUUACUGUAAAGAGCCCUCAAAUACCCAUCACUAUUGAAUUCUGUCAGAAAUAUGUCAAUAAAACUACCCUUUGAACUCUAAGCAUCUGUUAACUACUGUCCUGCCCAGUCGCCAUCUUAGCUUAACACCGAGCUGUAAAAUACAAUAUUUAGUUAUAGCACAAGGAGAACACAUCAGUACAAAUAUUUUACAAUGUGUUCUACUGUAAAUAAGGAAAAUUAUGGCCGAUCAGAUUUGAGACUUGUUCCAUAUGAGACCUAGAUGGGAAACUGUCUCAUAAACAUGUAAACAUUUCUGUCGUUUCCACACGGCAGUCCAUUGUUCGUUGUUCAGUGCCAUGUACAAUUCUUUUAAUUAAAAUCUAACAAAAAUCCAUGCGUUUGAUAAUUGCGCAUGCGUGAGGAAAAAAUUCCAUUUUUCCUGAUUAAUUCUAAUACCUGUUUGUGCAUGCGACUGCCUAGACUUGUAUUGCAUAUGUGGCUCUCCUGUCGCAUAAAACUGAGCCAACAAAUAAUGCCACAAAGAUCUUUUGUUCUCUCUAUCAUGUAUAUUUUUUUUUAUUAAUUCUAUUUGUUUUUCCUUGUAAAAAAUGAGCAAGUGAAUUAUUGAGUGAUUGAUGUUUUCUUUAUCUUGCACGUGAACGUUUGUAAACGUGCUAUUCAGUGGAUGUCAGUGUGUCCAUGCGUGUGUUCGCGACCGCUGAAGUGCGUCCAGCAGCUUUGUAGCCUUUUGUUCUUGGUUUUUGUCACAGACAUGUGAUACGGCAUGUUUCUACAACAAAUAUUCAUGACAGUGAUAUGAUACAGAAAUCUUACACGCCUGUGACGAAAGCUUAUGUUAUCAUAUUCUAAGGAGACAGUCUGAGGACAGACAUUCUCUUUGAAGUCAUGUACAUAUUGUUGGCGAGCUGAGCAAUCCAGGAGUCAAUAUUUAAUUCUUUGACAUUCAUUUCAUGAGUUGUCAUGUAGCAAGGUCUUGUUCUUCAUUAUUUGAUGAUUGUUAUUACUAUACCAUGUGUGGUAGAAGCUAGAAGAGCCUAAGACUUGCUGUUAAUGAUUUAUAUUUGCGUACCAGACAUGACACCUCGGAGAAGCGAUGUGUGACACAGAGGUCACAGGUCGUGUUGCCAUAUCACAGACGCUUUAGGGUCAGUAGUUCAAAAGGUCGACGUUGAAUAUGUUUGCAUUGUUUCCUUGUUCACAUAUCGUAGAUGUUUUGAGGCACGUCGUCCACGGCGAGAAAAAGAAGAGUUAAUAUGAACAAUCCUUCGUUUCGCUGAAAUCCGGGACGAGUUUAUGAAAAUGAAUCUUACAUAACCCGUGAUGAAAAUGUAUGUAAAUAUAUUGACAAAGGAAGAAGUAAUGUAUUUCGUGAAAAAGCUAAUUAUUUGUACAUUUGAUCUCUUUACAAAAUAUCGAUGAAUAUCUUUCUGCUUGUUUCCUGUUUUGUUAAAGCCUUUUUUUUUUUUUUAAUUUCGUAGGCUGUUUCCCCCGUUUUCCCCCCCAACCAUGAGGUGCGUUUUUGACUGCCUAUACUCUGUCAUUCCGAAACGGAGAACGAUGAUACUACCAUCCUGCACCAUAAGACAAGGGAACAUCAGUGUGGCAAACUUCUACUCUCAUAUAUCAGUCACAUUUUAUCACAGCUCAGGCUUUGUUUAUAUCAUAAUAAACGCUUCAUUGCAGUCACAGUGGCGUGUAUUCCUCCUU